CCCGGAGCUGCUACCGGUCCAGGGGCUUGUGCUGCGGGAGGGCGAAGCCCCGGUCAGUGGUACCUUCUGGAACUUCUGCCUUCCCAGGACUCUGCCCUCUCCCAGAAGCAGCAGGAGAAAAUGACCAAGUUUCAGGAGACGGUGACAUUCAAGGACGUGGCUGUGGUCUUCACCAGAGAGGAGCUGAGGCUGCUGGAUUCUACCCAGAGGAAGCUGUACCGGGACGUGAUGCUGGAGAAUUUCAGGAACCUACUCUCUGUGGGAUAUGAACCCUUCAGAUUAGAUACAACAUUACCGUUGGGGAGAGAAGAGAAGCUUUGGAUGAUGGAGACACAAACCCCAGGGGAUGGGCGUUCAGGCCUCAGGAAUCAAAAUGAGAUAGAGACUUUUCAAAAAGUAGGAUUAAGAUACCUUUUACAUGAAGAUGUUAUAUGCUGGCAGAUAUGGGAACAAUUCACAAGUAAAUUAGCCAGAAAUCAAGACUCAAUGAUAAAUAUGCAAAGCAAGAAGUCCAACUUGCCAAAACUAGGUGAUUCCUCCUGUCAGAUAUGGGCAAGAGAAUCUCCUCAGGUUUCUGAAGAUGAAAAUUAUGUAAUAAAGCUUCAAGGGGAGAGUUCCAAUAAAAUCAGAAGUCAAGAGUUUCCAAUUAAGACCACUGGGGAUUUCUGGAAGAAAAUCUAUCUGAGAGAGUCACACAACUAUCAGAGUAGGUGUCAGCAAGUUGACGUAAAAAAUAAAGCGUGUAAGUGUGACCAUUGUGUUAUGACAAGGAUCUCACAUCAUUGUGAUGAUCAGGAAGUACACAAAAGCAAGAAGGCUUAUAGCCACAAUAACUGUGGAAAAGACUUCAUGAGGAAAUCAUGCCAACAUAGUAUAACCCACUCAAGAGAGAAGCACCACGUAUAUAGUGAGUGUGGGGAGGACAUCGGUGAGAGCUCAGUGUUUUGCAUUUGCCAGAGUAUUCAUGCAGGGGAGAAAUGUGGUAGGAAUGAUAAGUGUGAUGGGAUCUUCAGUCAGGGCUCAGACCUGCAAAAUCAUCAGGGAGUCAACAAAGGAGAAAAGCCCUACAAAUGUCAGGUAUGUGCUAAGAGCUUCAGUCACAACUCCUGUCUUCCCACCCAUGAGCCCCUCCACCUAGGAGGGGAUCUGUAUAGGUGUGGCAUGUAUGGGAAGAGCUCCAGUCAUAGCCUAGAUCUCAACGUUCGCUGUAUAGACGACACUGGAGAGAAAUCCUCUAAAUGUGAGAUGUGUGAUAAAGACUUCAAUCAGACAUCACAACUUCAAGCCCAUCAGAGGGCCCACCCUAGAGAUAAAACCUACAAAUGGGAGGCAUGUGACAGGCUAGUUAAUCAGAAUCCUGGUCCUCAUCAGAGAGUUCACACUGGAGAGAAACCAUAUAAAUGUGAGGUAUGUGGGAAGGACUUCAGUAAGGCCUCAAAUCUUCAAGCCCAUCAGAGAAUCCACACUGGAGAGAAGCCAUAUAAAUGUGAUGUGUGUGAUAAGAACUUCAGCCGGAAUUCCCAUCUUCAGGCCCAUCAGCGAGUCCACACAGGAGAAAAACCAUACAAGUGUGACACAUGUGGUAAGUACUUCACUCAGAUUUCACAUCUUCAGGUCCAUCAGAGAGUCCACACAGGAGAGAAGCCAUACACGUGUGAGACAUGUGGUAAGGGCUUUUGUCAGAGUUCACAUCUUCAAGACCACCAGAGAGUCCACACUGGAGAGAAACCCUACAAGUGUGAUAUGUGUGGGAAGGGUUUCAGUUGGAGCUCCCAUCUUCAAGCCCAUCAGAGAGUCCAUACUGGGGAGAAACCCUACAAAUGUGAAGAAUGUGGGAAAGGCUUCAUCUGGAACUCAUAUCUUCAUGUUCAUCAGAGGAUCCACACAGGAGAGAAACCCUAUAAAUGUGGCAUGUGUGGUAAGAGCUUCAAUCAGACCUCACAUCUUCAAGCCCAUUGGAGAGUCCAUACGGGAGAUAAACCCUACAAAUGUUUUCACUGUGGUAAGGGCUUUAGUAAAAGUUCACGUCUGCAAGUUCAUCAGAGAGUCCAUAGUGGUGAUAAAUCCAAUACACACGAUGAGUGUGAUAAAAGUGUUUUUCAGAAUGUAGACUUCUCAUUUUCAUCAGAAAAUCCACGCAGCAGAGACUAUUCAUAAAAUACUGUGUUUUAAUAAUUCAGGAGUGAGCUGAAUUUUUUUAUAGUCCUCUGAAUUCUGCUGGAGGAAACUUAUUUGUUGUGUGAAUGUAGCCAGUGUUUCCAGCAGAACUCAAAAUUUCACAGUCCUCAAGACACAGAAACUGUGAGAAUGGUGCAGUAAGUUUCAGUCAGAACCUUCACAUUCAAUCUAAUCAACACAGGAGA